AUUGUUGUUUUGUAGCCAACCUUUUCCGGGUUGAAACCGCGCAUAAGUCUUGUACCAAAACAAAAACUCCCGCGUUUGGUUUCGGUAUGCUUUUAAAAUAGUUUUUUUAGGUAUUGAAAUAAAGGUUCAUUGUUUAAAAAUGGCGGGUUUACCACCGGGUGAUCCUCAGCUGGUGUCAAUGAUUGUGAAUCACCUGAAAACACAAGGACUCUUCGACCAGUUCAGGAGGGAUUGUCUGGCAGACGUGGACACUAAGCCCGCUUACCUGAACCUGAAGCAAAGGGUAGACAACUUUGUCUCCAAUCACCUAUCCAACCACACAUGGAGCCCCCAGUUGAACAAAAACCAGCUGAGAAACAACAUCAGGCAGCUAGUGUUGCAAUCUGGGAUGCUGGAGCAAGGAGUGGACAGAAUUGUGGCCCAGGUGGUGGACCCCAAAGUCAACCACAUCUUCAGGCCGCAGGUGGAGAAGGUGGUCCAUCAGUUUCUUUCGCCUGGCACCAGCAGCGAGGAGCUUCCGCCGCACCCUCCACCACCGAUUCCCUCAACGGAGAACAAAGUGGACGCUAUCGUUCCUCAACAGGCCUCAUUGUCCACUCCAACGUCCACCGCGGCCACCGACGCCAUGUCCAUCCUGGAUGCCAUCACUUCUCUCAGCCAGGAGGCCAAUGUCAAGACCACAGAGAAGGUCCGCAAAGCCCUUGAUGGGCCCGCAGAGGAGGGCGAGCAGGACAUGAGUGUGGAUGAGGACGGAGAUAGGAAGACGGCAGAGGACGGGGCCGAGGAAGCAAAGGCAGCGUCUGAGUUGCAGCAAUUGGAGGCCAGGACGGACGACACAGCUCCGGAUCAGAUGGAAGUGGAGAAAGAGAUCCCCACGGAGGAGGUGAAGAUGGAGGAGGAAGGGACUUUUGGCGAAGACCAAGCUGAGGACAAACACAAAGCAGCCAGUAAAACAAGCGGGAAACCUUCUGAAGAGGAGAAUUCCAGCCAGGCCAAGGAGAAAGCCAGAGAAAAGAUAAAGGAAGAGUAUUCUUUGGAGGAUUCUGACUUGGACGGUCUGAGCGACAUCACAGUAAGCUCCGUGCACACCAGCGACCUGUCGUCGUUUGAAGGGGAAAGCGAAGAUGAGGCGCCGCUGUCUGAUUCCUCCGAGGAGGGCGAGCACGCGACGGAUGGUGUCAAAUCAGACAAGAGAGAGGCGAGUGGGGACACGGGAGACGAAGGCAAGGAGAGUAAACCACGCCGCAAGGCCUACGUCCACAAGCCCUUCCUGUACUCGCGUUACUAUAGCGACUCAGACGACGAGGUCACCGUGGAGGAAAGGCGCAGAUCUGCAGCAAAGGACAAAGAGGAACGUCUGCUCAAAAGGCAGCAAAACCGAGAACGAAUGGAAGAGAAGCGCAAACAGAAAGCAUCACAGUCUGAAGAGCUAGAUCAGAAAAAGAAGAAGAGUGGCCAACCUGCCGGUCUCCAGAAACCCCAAGCUAAGGAAGCCCGUAAAGAACAGAAAGUUCUGGAGAAAAAAAUGGCGCUGAGCAGAAAGAGGAAGCUUGACUUGAGGAAAGAGAGCGACGUGACCAGCAAGAAAAAAGCAGAAUCAGGAGAAACCUCUAAAAAGCCAGACGUGAAAAGCACACCAUCGCGCAGCCACCAACAGAAACUGGUAAGAAACCUGUCCGAGUCGUCUGACGAGAGGCACCGGAGGAUGAGUGGCAGCGUCUCGGAAGACCCCAGCGACACCAAGAAGCUGCCCGAUAAAAACCGCACGCACUCUUUCAUCUUGGACCUGGAGCUGGGCUCACUGGAGGCUCUCAGGCAGCGCUCCGUCAGCAAGUUUGACCGCCCAUCGCGCAAGGAGCGCAAAGAGAAGGAGCGCAGCGUGCCAGAGGAGCCACCCAAGCUCAGACAGAAGCAGGAGAAGAAACCCGAGCCUCUGCUGAAUGAGUCCCAGCAGAAAGAUGGUGCUCCUGGGAAGGCGUCCUGUGAUGAGAAGAAGCCCAAAGUGAAAAAUGAGAAGAAAACAGUAAAGGAGGCAGACGAAGCUCCUAAAGAUGUCUCAGCCAAGAGAAUGAGGGCUCAGUCUGUUGAGGUUACCAAAGCAGAGAAGGACAAAAGUAGAGAUAAGGACAAGGAUAAAGACAAAAUGAAAGAGAAAGACAAGGUCAAAGGAGAAAAAAAGGCAGCAGUAAGCGAUUCCAAGCAGCUUCUCCUAAGGCCUGAAACUUCUGUCUCCUCCGAGGACCGGCCUGAGGUGGGACCAGGCGCAGACAGCGGCAAGAAGAAAGAGAAACACUCCAAGGACAUCCUGAAGAGGUCCAAGAGCCACAGCGAAGAGCGGCAAGGGGACAAACCUAAACUGAAAGCGGAGGGCAAAGAUAAAGACAGGACCAAGGCAGAGCAACCAAAUAAACCUGACAGUGACAAAUCCCCAAAAAGAGUCAAGCCUGCAGAUAGAGGAAAAACCACGGAAAAAUCAAAAUCCAAAGAGGAUGCAAAGUCUUUGCCAAAAACGGACAAGAAAGCUCACAGUUUGGAUGUCCGAGGAGCCUCAGGUUCCAGCAAAGUUGAGAUAACCAAGGUCAAAAAGAAGGAGGGAAGUGUGAAGGAACAGAGAAGAUCCUCUGAGGAGCCUGGCAUGAAGACUGCAAAGAAAAAAACGGAGAAGAAAGAGAAAGUUCUUGAGAAGAAAGCAUCCCAUGAAGACAAAGUGGAGAAGAGCUCUGUGGUUGUUGUGGCUGAGGAGGCGCAGAAGACGUCUCUGCUCAAAGACAACUCGGAACCCGUCACUGCCUCCCCCGUCACUAAUGACGAUACCUGCGACAUGACCGCCGAGAUGCCAGCCGUGCCUCCAGAGGCCGACGCCCUGCUGACACUCAUGGACGUCUGCACCUCGGCCAGGCUCCACACGGCAGCGGGCGUUGGAGAGCGCGCCCCCACAGAAGCAACACUUCAGGAUGCCGACAUGAAGAUGAAAGAGGCAGCCCUCACGCUGCUUUCCAUGGACCCUGACAGCGCGCUCUCCCCCGGCUUCAUGAGUCAGGAGGUGGCGCCACCUGUUGGGCUGCCACAGGAGGGCGGCACGGAACAGCCGGAACCACAAGAAGAUCCAAACGCAGCUGCUCAGUCGUCACCUGUGGAUACUAAUGCUGAUAAAUCCAACGACGACGAGAAAUAUACAAUCGAGGAGAGCGAAAUGGCUGCAACGAGUGUUCAUACGUCUCCUCAGGUUGACACGAAGUCACAUGACCUUCAGAUUCAUCCGAAUGAGAAAGUGGCCGAAGUUGCAGAGGUGGCAUCUGACACGCAGCCGGCAUCCACCGAUGAAGAUGUUGCUGAAGCCAUCACAGAAAGCAUGGAGGAAAACCCACCUUGUGAGACACCUGCAGUCGAGCAUGUUCCCAGUCCACAAGUACAAAGCGAGGUUGCAGACACACACGCCAAAGCAGAAGAGGCGUUUGCUGAAGAGGAGCAGAUGGACCUCAGUGAGAGUGACACUGAGAUGAAGACACAGGAAGAACAAACCGGGGAACUCAGCGCUCCUCCCACAGAAGUUACAGAAAGGACAGAACUGGAGUGUGGAACUGAAGUGACCAAAAAAGCCAGUGCCAUCUCCAUCUCAGACAUCCAGGAGCAAGAAAAGGAGUCAGAUAAGAAGCCUGAAGGACGAGGAGGACGUAAAAGAAAGAGGUCCAGUCAGAGCAUUGCAGCAGCGAUUGAAAGCAGUAAUAAUGUUGAUGUGCAUGUUAGCAAUGAAAACCAGGAUGUAAAGGAACCAUCUUCUGAGGAAACGGAGCAGCCCAGGGUGGAAGCGGAGGUCAAAUCGCCAUGCAGGGGACGAUCUUCUAAAGUUGUGGAAGAGGAGGAGCCAAAAGAAUUAGAGAAGAUAGAGCGAACUCCCAGUCGCAGAGGGAGACGCUCGGCAGCCAAAGCUGAUAACCUGAGCAAAGACGAGGAGAGCGGCCACAAAUCGUCGGCAGCAAGCUCCACAGAGAAGGAGCAGCAAGUGGCAGAGGGAAGUGGAGCAAAGUCUGACAGGCUUCAAGAAAGUGAGGUCAGUGUGUCGUCUCCUCCUGCAGGAAGUUCUGCCCACCAGGAAAGCACUGAAACGGAUGGGCCAGCAGUCAAAAAGUGGAGGUCAGAGGAGACGGAACAAUCUGUGGAGGAAGAGGAAGGGAAGCUGAACAAAGACACCGGUGAGGAGGCUGUUGAGGACACCAAUGGAAAGGUCAUGGAGGAUACAAGUGAAGGAGCUGUGAAGGAUGCCAGCGAGACAGCUGUGAGGGACACCACUGGGGAGAGCACUGAGGACAUAGAGGAGGAGGCGUCUAAGGACACAUAUGAGGAGGUGAUGGACACAAGUGAGAAGGUUGUCAAGGCUGCGAGUGAAGACGUCAUAGAGGACACAAGUAAGGAGCCCAUGAUAGACAACAAUAAGGAGGCUGUAAAGUACACAAGUGAAGAGCUUGUAAAGAAUAAAAUUGAGGAGACCAUGAGGGAUACAAGUGAGGAGGCCAUGAAGGACGUAAGUGUGGAUCCCAUGAUGGACACAAGGGAGGAGGCCAUGGUGGACAUCAAUAAGGAGGCUGGAAAGGACACAAAUGAAGAGUUUCUUGAGGACACAAGCGAGGAGGCUGCAAAGGACACAAGCGAGGAGGCUGUAAAGUACACAAGUGUAAAGGACACAAACAAGGAGGCUGUAGAGGACACAAGUGUGGAGGCCAUAAAUGACACAAGUGAGGAGGCUGUAAAGGACACAAGCGUACAGGACAUAAGCGAAGAGGAGGCUGUGAAAGAGACAAGCGAAGAGGAGGCUGUGAAAGAGACAAGCGAGGAGGAGGCUGGAAAGGAGACCAGUGAGGAGGAGGCUGUAAAUGAGACAAGUGAGGAUGUAAUGCAGGUACAAAGUGACGAGAAGACACACGAAGAGAACGCUUCUCCCUCAGUGAGUCUGUCCAAAGAAAACGAAGUAGACGAGCAGCAAGGUUCCACCCCCAAGAAGCUCGGUCGCAGGGGACGACCCCCCAAGGCAGCAGUCCUUGCAGACGAACCAGAUAAAAAGGAGAAAACAUCAGAAGCCGAAAAGGAGCCGAAUGAGGAUGACGAAGAGGAGGUGGAGGAUGGCGGUGAGAAGGGUGAGGACGGGAAAGCGACAGCAAGCAGAGCGACAACGCGUUUGGCCUCUCGCCUGGAAGCUGAAAGAAAUAAGCCGAGCAAGCCGUCCACGCGUGCCAGUUGUCAGAGUGGGAAGGACGAGACGACUGCGGCAGGAGCACGUGGGACCAAAGGCCAGGCGACCACCACCAAGGGUCCUCGCAAACGGGAGGGCAGCCCCCCCGCUGGGCGGACGCGAGGAGGACAGAAGACGGAAGAGACCCCGUCCAAGCGAGGAAAACGCUGACGUCUCAAACAGACAGAAAGCGGACUGUUGCAGGUUCUUGCAGGGACCCAAGCGGUUGACUAUGGACUGUAGUCAUCAGUGUUUGCCAGCACUGUGUGUGUCUUCUGGCUCUGGUUCUGGUUUUUUGCUUUUGUGUUGCGGCGCACUGAACUCACAGGUAGUGACAUUAGCUGACAAACACAGUGUCAUUUUUGUAGUUAACAUAUUCAUUCUGUGAAUGACAAUGAAAUAUGUUUUAAUCUUUACGUGUUUUAUAUACUUUUUUAAACCUUUUUACUUUUUUAAGAGUCCAACAUGACAGAUUUCUCUCCUCUAAUGUAGUUGUCUUGUCGAGCAAGUCUCCUAUUUUUUUCUUCAUUUUGUUACGCACGUAGUCAAUUACUGCAGUGGUUUUAUUUUAACUAUGGCUCCCUCUUGUGGUCAAAUACCCACAUUGUCGUUUAAGUCAUUACCCACUUUAAUAGAUAAGGUCAGCCAUGUUAUUACAGUAUUAUUAUUGUUUUUUUUUUUUUAUAUAUAUAUAGCUUUCCAAAAUGACUGUAUACCAUUUUUUAAGCAUAAAUCCACAUAAUUACAUAUACAAAAUACAUAUACAAAAUACAAUUUAGGUAACAUUAUUAAGGAUAGUAGAAUGUCUGCAUUGAGUACAUAAUGUUUGCUCGAGUCAAAGAUCCUCCUAUAUAACACGAGCUUUCUGCUGUUUUUGGGAAGACACUGCCCAAAAUGCUAGUCAAAGAUCCACUAUAUGACAAGAGCAUUCUGCUGUGUUUCAAGAUGUACUGCAAAAAAAAAGAUCCUGUACGAGAGAACCUGCUGCCAAAAAUGCUGGUCAAAUAUCCUGACAAGAUUCCUCUGUUGUUUUUAAGAGCCCUUUUCCCAAAAUAUAGGUCAAAUAGCCAAUACAUGACAGCACUUUGCUGCUGUUUUUGAGAACCUGCUGCCAAAAAUGCCAGCCUGAGAUCUUCGGGAGGUCUCUGUUCUUUUUAAGGACUUACUGCAAAAACACAUGUUAACAAUCCUCUCUAUGACAUGACCUUGCUGCUGUUUUUGAGAGUGUACUGCCAAAAUCACUAGUCAGAGAUCCUCUAUAUGGCUGGAGUGCCAAAAAUGUUGGUCAAAGAUCCUGGUAGGACUGCUGGUUUUAAGAACAUACUGCCCAAAAUGGGAAUCAAAGAUGCACUCUAGCGGCUCUUCGUUUUUGAGGACCUACUGUUAAAGAUCCACUAUAUGACAAGAGCGUUCUGCUGUUUUUCAAGAGCUACUACAAAAAAACCUUGUCAAAGAUCCUCUAUAUGACAGGAGCUUGCUGCUGAUUUAGAGAACCUGCUGCCAAAAAUGCUAGUCAAAGAUCCUGACAGGACAGCUAUGCUGUCUUGGAGAACCUAUUUCCCAAAAUGUAACUCGAAGAGCCACUAUAUGACAGCAUUUUGCUGCUGUUUUUGAGAACCUGCUGCAGAUCUUCAAUGAUAGGAGCUCUCUGCUCUUUUUAAGGACUUACUGCAAAAACACAUGUCAACAAUAUUCUAUAUUAAAGGACCU